AUGAGCGAAAACCCACAGCCACAGGAAGCGCCGGUUCCUGGAUUGCUUGGGGGCCAAGCUAGAGUUCCACAGCCAUCAGGACAGUAUCCGUGGAGAUGGACGACAAUCACAGUGUGCUUCUGCGCGGGGUUUAUCCUCGUCGCGUUGGGAUUAUUCAAUUUCGCGGCUGUGGGAUACAAUGUCCGAUCAUCGUAUUUCGACGAAUUCAAAGAUUCAAAGGGGGUCGAGUGGAAGAAUAAGCUCAACAUUAAAUAUACAGGCAAGUGUGAACUCGAGUCAUUCGAUUCCUCUGCUAACCCUCGUUACCCCCCAGAGGACAACAGCAUCCACUGCGAUUCGAGCAACAUCGUCCUUGGUGGGAUUUACCGUACUAAUAAUGCGAUAUUUGCCCUCAACGUCGAGAGUCUCCGGGAUCCUGUUACAACAGCACCCUUGGGCAGUGCCAAUUACAGUGGCGAUGUCCUCGAUAGCUGCCGUGUGAAUCGAAUCUACAUGAUGGCCGAAUAUGCAACUCAUGAAGUCAAAUACCGUGCCCAAGUUGCAUGCCGCAAUCCAUCGACGCUGUUUGUGAAUUUUACGGUCGAUUCCGUUAUCAGCAUUCGCGCCGGAGUCCCCAACGGAAUCGUCAACGUGGACACGCUGGGCAGACUCGAGGACGAACAAUCUCGGCCCUGGGCAGACUCGAGACGAACAAUCUCGGCCCGAGGCAGUCGCCACUUCGGUUCUUUCGUCGGUGACCAAUGGCUCGGCGACGAGUCUUUGGGCCGAGUGGGGGAUCCGCUCUCGACCGCCGAGGAUCUUCCGCUUGUUCUCUCAGGUUUGGCCUCUGCCGACGGGGCGUACAUCCAGUCGAGGGACGGGAGCGCGUUCGAGUCGCAGGGCGUUUCUCUUUCUGUCCGUGCGGCCCUGCGGAACUUUGCCGUUGCCUUUCACAGCGCGAUCCUCGUGGACGUGGGGUCGACCGUCGCGCUGGACAAGAACAUUCUGACCAACCCGUCUGCGUUGCAAUCCCGGAUCCAGACGAGGGAGAUUAAAAACGUUUAUGAUCCAGACCACGGGAGCGCCAACGGUCUUGACUUCUCGGUUCCGGUCGCACCGUACUUGGCUUCGAGUCCAGGCGACUUUAGGCUGCCUAUCGCGGCCCGUCAGUCUGGUUCUCAAGCCCACUGCGACGCUGAUCGUGGAUGUGCUGGUCGCGACCAUGUCGAUGUUUAUGGUCGGCUGGGGUAUCUCGCAGAUUGGGAUGAUGUACCUGGCAAAGGAACAUUCCGUGAAUGGAAAUUACUGUCCGUGCCCGCAUGUGAUACGUACAAUCAUGCACGUGUUCCUGCCGUACCGACGAGCCCGAAACUCGCCAACACCCCAGGAGAUCGGGAUGAUAGUAUGACCGAAGACCACCAUCACCUCGACUCCACGUCCACCUCGAGUUCUACGUUCCCCAUCGCCUCUACCGCUGCACCACCAGUCGGCGGAGGUGCCACAUGUGUUCAGCGAUGUUUGGCCGAGGCCGCUAAUGUUGGAUGCAUAGGUGGCGCAGACUUGACGUGUGUUUGUGCGAGUGGGCCGUAUUUUGAGUAUAGCGCGCACAUGCUUCUCCGACUCGAGUGUCUCGCCAACGCCACCCCAACCUCCGGUCACGACUCCCGUACCACCGCCCACGCCCACGCCCACACCGACCCCGAAGCCCACGCAGACUACCACCGCACACCUGCCCCGCCCACUACCCAGACAGUCAUUCUCACCUCCAGUGUGGUCGUCACGGACCCGGAGGCACUGCUUCCACCAUCGCUUCUGGAUUCACCACCAUUCGGACCAACCAACCGGGAGGCCAGACCACCGUGGAGCGCCGGGUCCUAG